GCAGGGCGGGAACUGCCGCCAGUCAGUUUCAGUUCCAGCCGUUUCCUCUCUCUCCGAAACAAUUUGUAGCAAUCUGCUCAUCAGCGCCCGAAGUAAGAACCAAGUGUUUUCUAGUCACUCUUAAACGGGCUAGACGAAGGUACUGCGAAAACUUUACUGUCUUUUCUCCCGCGUUCCGCCUGACUUUGAUUGUUGCACUUGAGUUGCUCGGAAGCACUAGAAGCCACGCCACAACGCCCUCACUAUACUUCCUUUGUCCACUGUGAGUUAUGUACAUCUCAGAAUGUUUGUGACUGCUUUCAUGGUCCGAUAUGGAGGAAAAGGAGGAAGACCAUUCUGCACAAGUUAUGGAACAAGAUGACGAUGCGCUGGGGGAUUCUGUGGAUGCAAAGCCAGACAGAUCAUCAAGAUUCGCAUUUUUGAACAAGAAAAAAUCAAAAGAUGAACAACGGCAGGAUCCUGAAAUAACUGAUCAUCGCACACGGAUUGUUGCACCCACACAUCUGUACGACAUGAACUACAAAACACUAGGAAAAUGCAUUAUUAUUAAUAAUAAGAAUUUUGAUGAUGUAACAGAAAUGAAUGUGCGUAACGGCACCGACAUUGAUGCUGGAAAUCUAUUCAAGUGUUUUUGCUCUUUGGGUUUCCAAGUUAUUGUUUUAAACGACCAGACUUGUUCUCAGAUGAAAACAGUACUGCAGGACGUUUCUCAGGAAAACCACAGCAACAAUGCAUGUUUUGCCUGUAUCCUUUUGAGCCAUGGCGAUGAAGGCAAGAUCUAUGGCACCGAUGGACCAAUGCCCAUCAAGACCCUCACUUCUCUCUUUCGAGGUGAUGUGUGCAAGACCCUUGUAGGGAAACCAAAACUCUUCUUCAUUCAGGCUUGUAGAGGUUCAGAAUUUGAUGAGGGAGUACAAACGGACUCAGGUUCCGCUGGCGAAGUAGAAACGGAUGCAAAUCCUCGAUACAAAAUCCCAGUGGAGGCUGACUUCUUGUAUGCAUAUUCUACUGUACCAGGAUACUACUCAUGGAGGAAUCCAGGCAAGGGCUCUUGGUUUGCACAGGCCCUGUGCAAUGCUUUCAAAGAAUAUGGGAAGGAUUUUGAGAUCAUGCAAAUUUUAACCAGGGUCAACUACAUGGUGGCCAUGCACUUUGAGUCUUGGUCUGAAGACCCGCGGUUCAGUGAGAAGAAGCAGAUCCCCUGCAUUGUUUCCAUGCUAACAAAAGAACUCUAUUUUAAGCAAAAAUGAAACUCUAUCUUUCCAUUAGUAUUUCAGGGAAACGUUGAAUUGUAAAAUUUAAGUUGCUUUUUAGGUCUUUCUUUCAAGUGAAAAUUUAAAACUGAGCUGAAGGAAACUAAGAUUCAGGGAAAACACUUGCUAUCUCUGUGAAUUUAUCGGUUAUUUUUUUCUCUCUCUCUCUCUCACCUGGACCUCAUACAUUGGGACAUAAACUAAUAAUGUCUCUUCUCUGACGUUGUCUGAAUCACUUCACAAUGCAGUUUAUAAAUGGCCACUUGAUACAGCUGGAGUACAAACUGA